AUGGCGGGGACGACGGAUGACGUGAUUAGAAGUUUAUGCAAUGAAUGUGUUGUGGAUUCCACUGGGUCUCGCAGUGAUCUUCUUCUUAGAUUGUCCGGUGAAAUGAAAUCCAGGCAAACGUAUGACAAAAUCUAUUCAAAAAUCUGGAGUGCCACUGGAGGCUGGGGAGUCAUUAUGUGCCCCUGUGGAAUUGUUUACAGUCUAAAAUGCAAUCUUCGAGCUGAGAGCCAUCAAGAUUUUGCUGAUUUGCUGUUAUCAUGGCAUCAUAUGCCUAAUGUCAUAAUUUAUGACUUUGCACAGGCUCUCUCAAAACACACCAAUCUAAGGGCACCAGAAAAGCUACCCAUCUCUCCAUUUGAAGGACGCCUGGUGGAACCCACUCAAGAUAACACCGAACUGGCCAAGUGUGGACAGCUGAAAGUGUCCCUGCCCUGGCUGGAUGAAAAACCCAGAGGCACAGAAUCAGAUCCUCACGGACACCCAGUGACGGGUUCAUCUGAUCAUUACGUACUUUGUAACCGUUUUCAUGAAGGCAGCACAGAAGAUGGAGAUGUUCUGAGGAAUGGCUCCGCCCCGAGGCCGCUGCAUCAGUGGCUCCGCCCCGGUCAGGUUGAUGCUGUUGCGCUGGAAAGCGGAGCUUGUGCACAAUAG